AUGUCUGACGUUGAUGAACAAAACCCUGAAGUUCCUAUCGAACAACAUUCAGGAUCUCAAUCUGUUUUAUCAGAUUCCUCAGUGAAAGCUGAUAACGAUAACUUGAAGGAAAACUCCGAUGAAUUGGCUGAACAAGUUGUUGAUAUUCCAAAGAAGCCAGCUUCCGCUUACUUGACCAUUUCCAUUUUCUGUACUAUGAUCGGUUUUGGUGGUUUCAUUUGUGGUUGGGAUACUGGUACCAUUGGUGGUUUCUUGGCUCAUCCUGAUUAUUUGAAGAGAUUCGGUCAACAUCAUCAUGAUGGUACUCAUUAUUUCUCUAACGUGAGAACUGGUUUAGUUGUUUCUAUUUUCAACAUUGGUGGUUUAUUCGGUUGUUUGAUUCUUGGUGGUCUAGCAGACAGAAUUGGUCGUAAGAUGGCUUUAGUUGCUGUUACUGUUAUUUUCAUGAUUGGUAUUAUUAUUCAAAUUGCUUCCAUUGACAAAUGGUACCAAUAUUUUAUUGGUAGAAUUAUCUCAGGUAUGGGUGUCGGUGCUAUUUCUAUCUUCUCCCCAAUGUUGUUAGGUGAAGUUGCUCCAAAGCAUUUAAGAGGUACUUUGGGUUCUAUGUAUCAAUUAAUGGUUACCUUCGGUAUUUUCUUAGGUGAUUGUACUAACUACGGUACCAAGAACUACAACAACUCUGUCCAAUGGAGAGUCCCAUUAGGUCUAUCCUUUGCUUGGUGUUUGUUUAUGAUCGCUGCCAUGUUCUUCGUCCCAGAAUCUCCACGUUACUUGGUUGAAGUUGGUAAGGUUGAAGAAGCUAAGAGAUCUAUUGCUACUUCUAACAAGGUUUCCGUUGAUGAUCCAGCUGUCCAAGCUGAAUGUGAUUUGAUUACAUCCGGUAUUGAAGCUGAAAGAUUAGCUGGUAACGCCUCAUGGGGUGAAUUAUUCUCCACCAAGGGUAAGGUUGUCCAAAGAUUAUUAAUGUGUUGUAUGUUGCAAUGUUUGCAACAAUUGACUGGUUGUAACUAUUUCUUCUACUACGGUACUGUUAUUUUCCAAGCUGUCGGUUUGAAGGAUUCUUACCAAACUGCUAUUGUCUUCGGUAUUGUUAACUUUGCUUCUACUUUCGUUGCCUUCUACGUUGUUGAUCAUUAUGGUCGUCGUAAGUGUCUAAUGUGGGGUGCCGCUGCUAUGGUUUGUUGUUACGUUGUUUACGCUUCUGUCGGUGUUACUCGUCUAUACCCAGAUGGUAUUAAGCACAAAGAUACCAAUUCUUCUAAGGGUGCUGGUAACUGUAUGAUUGUCUUCUCCUGUUUCUUCAUCUUCUCCUUCGCUUGUACUUGGGCUCCAAUUUGUUGGGUUGUUGUCUCGGAAUCUUUCCCUCUAAAGAUUAAGCCUAAGGGUAUGGCUUUGGCUAACGGUUGUAACUGGUUCUGGAAUUUCUUAGUUUCCUUCUUCACUCCAUUUAUUACCGGUGCUAUUAACUUCUACUACGGUUACGUCUUCAUGGGCUGUAUGGUCUUUGCUUACUUCUACGUCUUCUUCUUCGUUCCAGAAAUGAAGGGUUUGACUUUAGAAGAAGUUGAUGAAUUGUGGCAAGAAGGUGUCCUACCAUGGAAAUCACCAGACUGGGUCCCAGCUUCUAGAAGAGGUGCUGACGUCGACUUAGAUGCCUUCCAAAAGGAUGACAAGCCAUUCUUCAAGAAGAUGUUUGGUUCCAAAUAA